AUGGUGUGGCCAGGAGAUGCUCCAAUGGGGCCUACAAGGAUGUUACUGAAGAAGCCGGUCAUCGCUGCUAUCGCGGGGUAUGCCGUGGCCGGUGGAUUCGAGCUUGCUUGCUGGUGCGACUUGCGGGUGUUGGAGGAAGAUGCGAAGAUGGGAAUCUUCUGCCGUCGCUGGGGGGUGCCUCUGAUUGAUGGUGGCACCGUGCGGCUUCCGCGUCUGAUUGGCCACUCCCGCGCGUUGGACCUCAUCCUCACCGGUCGGGAGGUCAAUGCCAGAGAAGCACUUGAGAUGGGUCUUGCCAACCGAGUGGUUCGCAAAGGUACAGCUCUGUCUGAAGCGCUUGAGUUGGCAAAGCAGAUUGGCUCCAUGCCUCAGACCUGCAUGCGGAACGACCGGAUGUCUAGCUAUGAGCAGUGGGACCUCUCGUUACUUGACGCCCUCCAGCGUGAGUAUACUCAUGGCCUCGACAGUCUUCGGUUCGCCCAGCAGGGUGCAGCUGGCUUCAUGGAAGCCCAGAAGACGCGAGUGCGCGGCAGCAAGCUGUAG